AUGUCGACUCCAACAAACCCCUCGAAUGCCCGAACUCCAACAGGCCCAAAUGGCGGGCCACCCAUGAGAAUGCGCCGACCGAAGGCUGCAGAUCCAUUGGUCCGACCAAAAAGAAGACCAGCUCCCAAGCCAGCCGGAGCUGCUCCGGGCGGUCGGAUAGCUACCAAGACUCUUCCAACGCGCCCUCCAGUAUCGAACAUCCCACCAGCUCCUAUUGAGAGGCCUUCACUCGGCGUGACGAGCAACAAUGCCCCCGUCAAUGGAUUCAGUGGUCCGCUACUCACUGAUAAAUACUUCGAUUACCCGGUCGUCACGACAAAGCGAGCUCUCAUGGAAGGAUUGAAGCACCACAUUGCGCGCUUCGCAUCAAAGAAGAAUGUCGACCCCCGCGAUGAAACACAGUUUACCCGACCAGUCCGACUGCACCGUCGUGAUCCACGGCGCGGCCAGGAACCCUCCCCACAUAUUUCACGAUUUGAAGAUCCAGAUGCUCCGCCUAUGGAUGAGGCCGAGCGCGAAGCUUUCGAUGCGCGCCGAGCGGCACGUGAGAAGGAGCGCGCCCAGAACAUGGCUCAGAUCGCGCCUGCUUUGGGAGCUACAUCCAAACGGCCUAAUGCCCCGAAACAAAAGACCCAGCAGGUCUUCAAAUCUGAUAUGACACCCGAGGAAGUCGCGAAGAUGCGCAUCAAGUACGAAGAGGCGUUGCAUUGGCAUCUGGAGGAUUUCGAUAACAAGCACACUUGGGUUGGAAACUACGAGGCUGCACUGUCUGGAACCCAUGCGGUGUUCGUUCUGGAUGGUGGGAAGAUGCGUAUGAUCCCGGCUGAGAAGUGGUACAAGUUUAGUGCCAAAAGUAACUUCAAGGCUUUGACUAUUGAGGAAGCUGAGAAGUUCAUGGCUAAGAAGGUCAAGGAUCCCAGAUGGUUCAUGGAGAAGCAGCAAGAAUUGGAGCAGAAGAGGGAACUGGACACAUAUGCUAAACAGCGGAAGGUCUACGCUGGCAAGCAAGGCUUACCAGGCACUGGAGCUGCGGGGCUCGAGGCUGGUGAGAUGGACUUCGAAGAGGAUCGUUUCGCUGACGAUGAAGAGCAUGAUGAUGGCCUCUUCAACGAUGACGAAGAUGCCAAGGAUGCCGAGAAGAGAAUCAAAGAAGAUCAGCUCAAGGCUAAUGUCUUCGAUCUCAAGGACGAGAAAGACUACGAAGCAGAAGAGAAGCGAGAGCUGCGUGAACGAGAGGCUCGCCACGUUUUGGGCAAGAGUGUGCGCAAGGCUUUGAAGAAGAGAGAGAAGAACUUUGACUACAGCAGUGGAUCUGAAAACAACCCAUACUCGGAGGACGAGAGUUCGGACGACACCGAGACCGAGAAAGCAAAGGAAGAGGAGCGCAAGAAGGCCGAAGGCGAGGCCGAGAAGGAAGGCUCCUCCAAGGGAACCAACACACCCUCCGGCCGACCCAAGCACACAGACGCCCUCAAGAAAUCAGCCGCAGGCCGCAAGAGACUCGGCUCUCCCACCUCGGACGCCAGCGGCACCGAUACGUCUCGCAAGAAGCCUAAGAAGACCAACCCAACAUCGCAGCCCCCAUCGCGUCCAAUGUCCCCAUCCGCCAUGCAGACGGGCACCAAACGCCUCCGCAUCCCAGGCAACGGCGCCAACUCCGGCAGCGACGUCGAAACCGGCGCAAUCUCCUCGAACGAAACCAACGAAACAACCAAAAAGAAACUCAAACUCAACCCACCCAAUAUCUCUUCCCGCAGCGGAACCCCCGUCGGAUCCCGCGCCGGAUCCCCAAUCAACCGGCUCCCCGGCAGCCGCGCCAGCAGCCCCGAAGGCGCGCGCGGAAACCGCGUCUCGACGCCCCUUUCUGCCUCUGGCUCUGGCUCUGGCUCGUUCCCGACGCCCGCGGAGAUCCAUGCAGCUAUUCCUGCGUCUGGUAUUUCCAGUAGUGAACUGUUGAAGGUUUUCAGACCUCGGAUUGGAGAGAAUCAUCGCAAGUUUAUUGCUAUUGUUAAGGAUGUCAGUGUUUAUGGGAAGGAGGAUCGGAUGUUGAGGCCUGGUCCCUGGAAGGGGAAUUAA